AUGCCAAUCACAAUAUUAAAGCCGGCACCGGUGGCCCCAACGGGGGCAUUUCUCGCCAGCGCCAGAGCUCACAACGAUUCGGCCUCCGAUUCGGAUUCAGAUGGCGGUGCGGACGUAGACGGCGACAUCUCAAUGGGAGGCGGCAGCCGGCCCAGCAAGCGAGCACGGACAACAGCAGAGGAUGCAGCAAUCGUCACUCCCGGCGAGAUCAUCACAGAGGACCCCCAAUGGAUGAGAGGUCACGGCACCUACACGACAUCACAACCACCUGCAAUCGUCUCCUCCGUCGCCGGCACGCUCGCAAAGACCAACAAGCUCCUCUCCGUCCGGCCGCUGCGCGCACGCUACACCCCAGAGAUCGGCGACCUGGUCGUCGGCCGGAUUGUCGAGGUGCAGGCGAAGCGGUGGCGCGUGGACGUCGGCGGCUCAUUACUCGCCCAGCUACCGCUCUCGGCCAUCAACUUGCCCGGCGGCAUUCAACGGCGACGCACAGAGACGGACGAGCUGCAGAUCCGCACCUUCUUCUCCGAAGGCGAGCUCCUGGUCGCCGAGGUGCAGCAGCUGUACGGCGAUGGUGGAGCGGUGCUGCACACGCGGUCCCUCAAAUACGGCAAACUGCGCAACGGCGUGUUUGUUGCAGUCAGCGGCACUGGCGGCGGCGGCGGCGUGGUCCGCGCCCGGCGGCAGGCCUUCACGAUAGACAUCACCGGCGGGUCUGCCGGCGCCGACGAUGCGGAGAAGGUGGACGUCAUCCUGGGCGUCAACGGAUACAUAUGGAUUAGCAGGCACAUCGAGGGCGAGGGCGCAGCCGCAGAGAGCAGCGGACCAGGCAUCACGCGGAUAGAGGAAAGCGUCGGGCUCAAUGUCUACUCGAGCCAGAACGAUCCGAUACCCAUGAGCAUGAUGCAGGAGAUAGCGCGAAUUCGGGGCGUCAUUGAGGCUCUCGUGGAGAAUGGUCUUCGGGUAGACGAGGACAUGGUUGUGCGCGGUUACCAGGAGGCUGUGGAGAUGGCGAGGGCAGACGGCGACAGCGAGGACACACUGUACCUCGGUGGUGAGAGAGGUCGCGCUCUCGCCGCUGCGCUUGUUGCGCGGUAG